ACUGAGAUUUGGGAAACGCACACCCAGCAUACUCACGGCUCCGCUAUGAAGGCAUGGCUUAUCGUGUGCAUUGGGCUGCUUGUAGUCGCCACGCUCGCCCUCUGCGAAGAUGAAGAAGCGGCUGCAGCGGAGCUUCAGGCUGAGUUGGGCGAAGGUCCCUCCAUGUCGCGGGUUCGACGCGGAGGCGGUGGCGGCGGUGGUGGGGGCAAGAAGAAAGGCAAGGGCAAGGGCGGCGAGAAGUCCAAAGGAAAAAGCGGAGGAGGCGACGGUGAGACUGAGUGAUUAAAGACGACGACAAACGACAUCCUAACCACGCAGCAGGUGCGCCGGCGACGGAGCACACAAAGAACUCGGUUCCCCGCUGUGGAAAAGGAACACCGGUCAUUGCACAAAUAAAGGAUAGAACAAGCAAAA